UAUUGAGGGCUUCCACCAUUUUAAUGUAGUAAACAGGUUGGGAUUUCUAAUUUAAUUGGCUGAUUCCCUCCAAACGGUAAGAAAACGUUUUGCUACGAAAGUGAGCGUUUGUUAUUAGACAAAUGCGGGCAGUUCCUCUCCGUUUGGUUCCUAAUGAAUUUACCCCAGCAAAGCAUCUGGGCGCUAUUGGACCACGUGACUGGUUAGGACAGCCAUCGUUUUACCUAAUUCAUGUCCAACCCAAAAUGGGAAAGGGGUGCGAGGACUGGAGAGGAUAAAACGAACAGCAAUGGUGUAGUUUAGGAGUUUUGUUUCAAUCGCAAAACGUCGCUUUUCAAAUCCUCUGCAGGUUCUAUUGGUUGACAAAAAAAAGAAAACAAAGUUACCAAGCAAAGGUGGGAUUGAACCAGCAGCUGGCCUGAACCUGUUAACCGGCAACCAGUAGCAGGGGCACCAAUCCACCCUCCCGAUUGGCUGUGGAGAGGAGGGGGAAACUAACAAUCAACUGAUUUGAUUUGUUCCCCCCUUUUUUAUAUUAGUAUAUUUUUUAGGAGGGGGAGGAGCAGGAGGACUUGGGCUCACUUCCCAGACGAGCAUGGGACAGAGUGUCCCUGGAGGCAUAAAGACUAUUGACAUGAGGGACCCGGCGUUCAGGCCUCUGAAGCUGGAGUUGGCAGCUUUGGAUCACGCCAAACCCUCCAGGCUGGAUCUGCUGCUGGACAUGCCCCCUGCUGGACAGGAUGUCCAAAUGCAGCACUCGUGGAACAACAACGACCGAUCCCUAAACAUCUUCGUCAAGGACGACAACAGACUGGUGUUCCACCGGCACCCCGUGGCUCAGAGCACGGAUGCCAUCCGGGCCUGUAUCGGCUACACCCGGGGGCUCCACGUCUGGGAGAUCAGCUGGGCCAUGAGACAGCGGGGAACGCACGCCAUCGUCGGUGUGGCGACAGGAGACGCGCCGUUACAUUCUGUAGGCUACACCACCCUGGUGGGUAAUAACCACGAGUCCUGGGGCUGGGACCUGGGACGAAAUAAACUGUACCACGAUGGGAAGAACCAGCCCAGUAAGGCAUACCCUUCGUUCCUGGAGCCGGAUGAGACGUUUCUAGUCCCCGAUUCAUUCCUGGUAGUGUUGGACAUGGAUGAGGGCACUCUGAGUUAUAUAGUGGACGGACAGUACCUUGGGGUGGCUUUCAGAGGACUCAAAGGGAAGAAGCUGUACCCUGUCGUCAGUGCUGUGUGGGGGCACUGUGAAAUACGAAUCCGCUACAUCAAUGGACUCGAUCCUGAGCCUCUCCCUCUGCUGGAGGUGUGUCGGCGCUCUGUGAGGGUGGCUCUGGGCAGAGAACGACUGAGUGAGAUCCAUGGUCUGCCUCUACCGGCCUCUCUCAAGAAUUACCUGCUCUACCAAUGACCCCGGGACCCGAAGCACAACAUAGAACACGCCUCCGAUCCGUCGGCUGCUGCUGCCGGCCUCAAUCAAGAGCUACCAAGGGGCUGCCCUGUGCCCUCUCUCAAUCUACACUGAGCGUCACUGUCAGCCUCUGUCCAUAGGGCUGUCCCUAAUCAACUACUACCAAUUACAACUCAAGGGACUGUCCUGUCCCUUCACAACCCUCAUCUUGUACACUGAGCACAGGCGCAGAACCACAGCCCCCCCCCCCCCUACCGGCCUCGAUCAAGAACUACCAAUGACCAAGGGACUGUGUCUUGGACUCUCUCACAACAUCUCUCUCCCCUGACUGCCCUGUCUGUGUCCUCCAAUACAUACACAGAGCAGGCCUCACCCUGACUGCCCUGUCUGUGUCCUCCAAUACAUACACAGAGCAGGCCUCACCCUGACUGCCCUGUCUGUGUCCUCCAAUACAUACACAGAGCAGGCCUCACCCUGACUGCCCCGUCUGUGUCCUCCAAUACAUACACAGAGCAGGCCUCACCCUGACUGCCCUGUCUGUGUCCUCCAAUACAUACACAGAGCAGGCCUCACCCUGACUGCCCCGUCUGUGUCCUCCAAUACAUACACAGAGCAGGCCUCACCCUGACUGCCCCGUCUGUGUCCUCCAAUACAUACACAGAGCAGGCCUCACCCUGACUGCCCCGUCUGUGUCCUCCAAUACAUACACAGAGCAGGCCUCACCCUGACUGCCCCGUCUGUGUCCUCCAAUACAUACACAGAGCAGGCCUCACCCUGACUGCCCUGUCUGUGUCCUCCAAUACAUACACAGAGCAGGCCUCACCCUGACUGCCCUGUCUGUGUCCUCCAAUACAUACACAGAGCAGGCCUCACCCUGACUGCCCUGUCUGUGUCCUCCAAUACAUACACAGAGCAGGCCUCACCCUGACUGCCCCGUCUGUGUCCUCCAAUACAUACACAGAGCAGGCCUCACCCUGACUGCCCUGUCUGUGUCCUCCAAUACAUACACAGAGCAGGCCUCACCCUGACUGCCCUGUCUGUGUCCUCCAAUACAUACACAGAGCAGGCCUCACCCUGACUGCCCCGUCUGUGUCCUCCAAUACAUACACAGAGCAGGCCUCACCCUGACUGCCCCGUCUGUGUCCUCCAAUACAUACACAGAGCAGGCUUCACCCUCGCUCAGCGUCUUUGGGAUUGUUCCCUACUGAGGGUGAACUAACCAGUUCAACAACCCAACAUAACUCCAGCGUCUGUGUUUCAGCUCCAUGACUAAUCCUUCCAACCCAGCCCUCAGGGCUCAUUUGUACUAAUCACAUGACACCACAGAGGUGAGAAACCCGGUGUGUGAUGCUUGGCGUGUUCAGGAAGCUAUAGAGACAGUGGUUGGUGUUGGGUCAGGUCUUUAUUUUUUUAUAAUCGGCGCAUACAAUGAACACU